AUGCAAAGACCUCAAAAGAAACUUUCAGGGUUUGAUUUUUACCACCAAAUACUUAAAGGUGCCAAAUACAUUGUAGCACCAAUGGUAGACCAAAGUGAGCAAGCUUGGCGUGUAUUAUCGCGUCGGUAUGGGGCACAACUUUGUUUCACGCCAAUGAUACACGCGAAAAUGUUUUGUGAUGAGCGUAAUUUGCGGUACAGGCAGGAAGUGUGGUCUACCGAUGAAGGAGAUAGACCGCUAAUAGUGCAGUUUUGUGCCAAUGAACCGGAAGCUUUACUUGAGGCGGCUAAACGCGUUCAAGAUCAUUGUGAUGCUGUUGAUUUAAAUUUGGGAUGUCCGCAACAUAUUGCAAGACGUGUCACCGCUAAAAUACGUAUUUUCCCGAAUCCAGAAAAAACAAUUGAAUAUGCACGAAUGAUCGAACGUGCUGGCGCGCAAAUGCUUACGGUGCACGGUCGUAUACGAGAUCAAAAAGGACAGAAUACAGGGUUGGCGGAUUGGGAACAGAUUCGUCGUGUGAAGGAAGCAGUUAAUAUCCCAGUGAUCGCCAACGGUAAUAUCCUUUAUUUUGAAGAUAUACAACGCUGUCUGGAUGCUACAGGAGCCGACGGUGUAAUGUCAGCUGAAGGAAACUUAUACAAUCCGGCUUUAUUCGCAAAUCUCAAUCCGCCAAUAUGGCGAAUGGCUCAAGAAUAUCUGGAUAUAUGUCAGACAAUCCCCACGAAAAACGCCUAUAUCCGUGGUCAUUUGUUUAAAAUUUUGAGACCAGCUCUUCCAUUUCAUGCUGAUUUGCGUGAACGAUUGGCAAAUGCGGAUUAUUUACAAGAGUUUUGUGAGCUAGUUGACGAGUUGAAAAAACGAAUCAUACAAAUAGAGCAAAUUGAUGAUUCCCAAUUAGAGCAAGAAGUACAUUUAGUAUCGGUUCCAGUCGACGAGGAUGGAAUCAAGCAAUACCCGUAUUGGAUAUGUCAACCAAACAUACGAUCGAUUAUCAAUGCCAAUCCCUCUCCUUCUAUUAACACUACUUCGUCGACGUUAAACAGUGAUGAUAAUAUCUUUGAUCUCUCAAAUAACUUUUUAGACUGA